AUGAUUGUCGUACCAGAAAUGAACUGCUUAUGUAGGACUGUGUUGUGGUUCAAGCCUUGCGUCCGAUCAACGGCGGUCACAAAACAGCUGAUAUCUUCUAAUUCAACUCACCUGAAGUCAACUGCAAACGUGUCCUGUAUUUGUUGCCAUAGGUACAACACUCGUCUCGCAAAUCCUGAGUUUAUUUUUCAGGCCAGUGCCAAACCAACUUUGUUCAGACGUUCACAGUUUCCUCAGUACUCAUAUUCAUUUGUCAGGUGGAAAAGAGAUAACAUUUCUAAACUACUUGUAGAAAUAAACGAAGAUGAGCUAGACGAGCAAUUUGUACGUGGUUCAGGACCUGGUGGCCAGGCAACCAAUAAGACAAGCAACUGUGUUGUAUUAAAACAUAUUCCAAGUGGCAUAACUGUGAAGUGUCACCAGACUAGGUCUCAGAGUAAAAAUAGAGAGCUAUCACGACGUAUAUUGAGAGAGAAGUUGGAUGUAUUUUAUAAAGGAGACGAAAGUAUCAUAGUUAUUGAAAAAAAGAAAGAAGAAAAAAGAAGACAGGAAAAGAAAAGGAAGUCAAAAGUGAGACUAGAAAAGUUAAAAGCUUUCAAGGCGAGUUUAAACGAAGAUGAUGAUUGAGCAUUAUAUGAAGUGAAAACAGUGAUGCCUAGAAGUUAUAUUUCAUGAUCACCGGUGAAUGUUUGAUAGACCUAAGUUUUACCUGAAUACCAACAAAGAAUCAACACCU